AUUCAGAGAAGAUGGCACAAUAUUUAGAAGAGGAACGACAUAUGAGAGAAGAAAACUUGAGACUUCAAAGAAAAUUACAGAGGGAAAUGGAACGUAGGGAAGCGCUCUGCAGGCAGCUGUCAGAAAGUGAAUCCAGCUUAGAAAUGGAUGACGAGAGGUAUUUCAAUGAGAUGUCUGCACAAGGAUUAAGACCUCGCACUGUGUCCAGUCCUAUCCCUUAUACACCCUCACCAAGUUCUAGCAGACCUAUAUCACCUGGUCUGUCAUAUGCAAGUCACACAGUUGGUUUCACACCACCAACUUCACUGACUAGAGCUGGAAUGUCUUACUACAAUUCCCCAGGCCUUCAUGUGCAACAUAUGGGACCAUCCCAUGCUAUUACAAGGCCAUCACCGCGAAGAAGUAACAGCCCCGACAAAUUUAAACGUCCCACUCCUCCUCCUUCUCCAAACACGCAGACCCCAGUGCAGCCACCUCCGCCACCACCUCCACCGUCUGUGCAACCUACGGUCCAAUCCGCAGCGUCGCAGUCAGCCACUUUUCAACAUUCAGUGCAUCCCUCCUCUCAGCCUUAGUGCAUGUGCUCAGCAGUCUGUGUGUCAGAAGUGGACUCAUAACAUGGAGCAGUUUACUAAAAGCCAAAGGCUUACUUGGCAUAUUUGGAUUUGACUUAUUUGCACUGAGGUUAUAUAGGCUUCACUGUUAAUUGUGUUGUAAACGUUUGUAUAAAAUGCAGCCAGUGUUGUGGGUCUACAACACUAACUUAACAAAGUUUUCCAUCAGUGUUUACUUGAACUACGUGUAUGUCCAUUCUCUGGCUGGAACAUUUGCUACUCUGUUUGGUAAUACGGCAUUAUGUCGUUUUGCUUGGCUCCAAAGCUUCAUUUUCCUGGCUUUUAGGUUUGUAAAGUUAAAGGGAUACCUUUUUAUAUUUUUUCAUGACGAUUUGCAGAAAAUUAAAGGCAUGAUGGGCUAUAUGACAAAUUCUGAAAUAUUACAGUGUUUACCAAGCUUAUAGAAAAUCAGCACUACGUUUCAGUCAUUUGAAAUAACGACUUCUAGUGCAAAAGUGAGUCAGACACCCUGAUCAGUGCCCAAGACACAUACUCUGUUGUAUUACAUAGUAAAUAAGCUUAAUUCAGCACACAAGACGCAUCCGUUCUUCUCCUGUUUUAAAAGCACCUCAAGCAUAUGGUACAGUCUGAAUUUUACAGUGAGGGAACUGGCUUGUUGGAGUCUGUGGAAUGUACAAUUCGUGGACCUUAAGGUUUGAUGAUUUCGCUUGACAUUUACAUUAACCUGUAAGCUGCCCAUACUGUGUGAUCUGUCACGAUUAACUUCGGUAAGUGUGGUCCUGCCCACAGGUUACUGAUUGCUGAUUAAAGUGUGCUCUUUGGUUUUUUUGCUGCAGAAGGCAAUGUGAUUGUAGAGAACAGCUGAUGAGAAUUCUUUUCUUGUUAAAAUAUAUUAAUUGUGACUCCCCUGAGGCAAAGUUUUACCAGCUUAUUCUAAAUGAUCAAAAGUCUGUUAGAAAAUAAGAUACAAGAUGAGCAUAUAGGAAUAUUUUGGCAUAACGGCCAAAAUGUUGUAUUGCUUGGUAGAAACAGAGUACAAGAAAGUAGCACAACGUGGCACUAAUGAAUGCUUCUUUAGCAGCCUAAGCCGGUACAAUGUAUAAAGAGAUGUAUUCUGAAUACAUUCUUUCCAUUCGUUUAGCACAAAUAAAUUGGUUUCACUUUGCAGUGGAACAAAGUGUCACUUCUUGAUAUUGACAUCCUAGUUAUAUUUUAUCCCCAGGUUCCUGUUGAGUACUGACGAUUAUAUAUUAUUGAUGAUUUUAAGUGGUUUACCUCAUAUAUAUGGAUAUGUGGGCCAUGGAAAAUGACAAGAGAAUGUUUAUUUUAUGAGAAUAUGUAUCUGGCUAUAAUCAGAGCAGAAGAUGAGUAAUUUAUCUUUUGUUUACAAAAGUUUGUUUGACAUGCCUAAUGCUUUAUUAAGGACAUUUUUAAGAAGGAAGUAGAGCAUUCUGGUAGUAUACUAACACUUGUACAUAUGUUUUCAUGUUUGCCGCUCACCUAUUGAGUAAGAAUUGCAAACUGAAGAUCUCUAUAAAAUUAGUGCUCUAAAUCAAAAUAGUAAGUUAAAAUAAUGUUGUAAAAGGUUCCACUUAGGGCAAAACUAGAACUUCUUCACUGUAGUUAUGUAGUUUCAGCUCUGAAAUAACUUAGAGAAAUGCAUAUAUAGUCUGUUAAACUUCUUAAACCGAUACGGGAUCAAGUGCAUUAUCAAAUGACAUUAGUUGUGGUAGUGACUCUCCAAUCAAGUGAUUCUCAAGAUUUUGGCAGACCUAAAAUUUGACCAGUGCUUCCAUCUGAAAAUAAUUGACCAUAGCAGAUGCUCACCUUUGCAUAGAGGAAACUCAGCUGUGAGUGUUGUAAUUAAAGAGAGCUCCUGAAUCAGUAGUAGGAUUGCGUGUGAGAGAAUUACAGGCAGUCAGAGGUGGCACUAAGGUCAAGAUCGGACUGGUUUAAUUUGAUGCUUGUCCUUUUGUAAACAUAAGACGAAUAUAAAAAAAACCAACCUCUUUUAUAAGUAGAAUUCCAAGUAUACCACUAUUUAAAAUGGUGCCCUCCUUCCUGAAGUGCUUUGAGAUUCUUGGACAUACGGCUCUAUAGAAUGUGAGCUUAUAGUGGUGGUAGUAUAAGUGCUGGGGGGGAGGGGAGGGUGGGAAGGGGGAACGCCUUUGACAGUGUUGUUCUGAGAUCUUAAAAAUGAAAAUUGCCUGGAAGAAUUGACAUUUGAAGCAUAUUCCAAAACUGAAAUUGCAUGACCCAAGUUCAGCUGCUGUUAUAAAGUGUCUUAGAGAACUCUCCUUACUAUUCCAGUGGGACUGUUACCAGAGGAAAGUAAAGAACUGACAAAUGUAAUUAAAUCCUGGGAGCGUAACAAGGCGCCAAGUCGGCCUUAGCCAACUAAGAACGUUGAACAAACAUUUGCUUGCAGUCAGAAGUGUUAAAUUCUAUUUGUAGACUUUUGAAUACGAUGAGGAAUUGUGCACAACCAUCUCCUAAUAAAUGCAAAUGGAUUU